AUGGCAGCAAUCCAGACACUAACAUACAUCAGGAACAUCAUCAAAUUCAUGACACCUAAAAAGGCAGCCCAGAUUCUAGUAAUAGAGAACAACUUGGAACAGCUGAUCAGGAAGAUGUGUGAAGAAUAUCUAAAAGGACAGGCUCAAGAUGGGAAUGGGAAAGAGACAACAGUGCUGAUGUGGAGCAGGGACAACCAAGGAUUAGAGGCUGAGGAGGACGGGAUGGAGGAAGAAGAGUACGGAGAGGAGGGCAUGGUGGUGGAGAUGGAUGUGGAGUGGCAUCCUUCUGGGCCGGGCAGGAGGUCCUCAUCCUUGGUGUCCUCCAGUAGCGGGGGCAGCACAGGCUUGUUAGGGUAUCAUCACCGCCCCAACAGUCUGGGCAGCCAGGGGCAGAGGGGCAGCAGGAGAAAGGGAGAUGCUGGCACUGGAGUGGGCAUAGCUGGCCCAAGAGUUAGAAACAUGCACCAGAACUGCAUUUCUGUCGUACAGUGGAUCUACGGAAUUCAUGAGUCUCCCAUUGAAGUAAAUGAGAUGUGGAUUCCCCCUCAGAAACCACUACUUCACACAAACCAUCUCAUGACAAUGGAUCGUGUAGACAAGAAUAUUAGGAAAAGAAAGUACACUGAGGUUUUCUUGCAGUAUGGUUUUACCUCAAUAAUUACAGCAGGAAUUGAGAAGCCACAAUGUGUUAUUUGUUGUGAAGUUCUCUCCGCUGAAUCUAUGAAGCCGAACAAACUAAAACGCCAUUUUGAUAGCAAGCAUCCAAGCUUUGCUAGCAAGGAUAUCAACUAUUUUAGAAGCAAAGUUGAUGGACUCAAGAAAUCUAGAUUUGACACUGAUGGCCAAUACCACAAACACAAUGUAGCAGCUGUUGAAGCGUCAUAUUUGGUGGCACUCAGAAUCACCAGAGCUAUGAAACCUCACACCAUUGCUGAGGAUUUACUGUUGCCAGCUGCAAAAGGCAUAGUUUGAGAAAUGAUUGGAAAUGAAUACAUUCAGAAAUUGAAUGCAACUUCCUUAUCUAACGACACUGUCUGCAGAAGAAUAGAGGACAUGUCUGCCGAUAUUCUUGAUCAGGUGAUCAAGGAAAUUAAAUCUGCACCACUACCAAUAUUAAGUAUCCAGCUUGAUGAAUCUAUAGAUAUGACAAACUAUGCCCAGUUAUUGGUUUACAUGAGGUAUAUUAAUGAUGGCGACUUUAAAGAUGAGUUUCUUUUUUGCAAACCGCUUGAAACAACAACAACUGCACAUGAUGUUUUUGAUGCAGUUGGUUCUUUUCUAAAAGUGCAUAACAUCUCCUGGGAAAAGGUUUGCGGUGUUUGCACAGAUGGUGCUCCUGCUAUGCUAGGAUGUCGCUCAGGAUUUCAACAUUUGGUACAAAAUGAAUAGCCAAAAGCAAUCGGAACACACUGUAUGAUACAUCACCAAAUAUUAGCGACUAAGACACUGCCGCAAGAUUUACAAGAAAUAAUGAAAAGCGCCAUAACUGUCAAUUUUAUUAAGUCAAGCACCUUAAACAGUCGGCUGUUUUGGCAACUGUGCAAUGAGCUAGAUGUGCCAAACAAUGCUCUGUUAUUUCACACUGAAGUCAGAUGGUUGUCAAGAGGAGUUUUAAAACGUGUCUUUGAGCUUCGUGAUGAACUGAAAAUAUUUUUUAAUCAGAAAGCAAGACCGCAAUUUGAAGCACUGUUUAGCGAUAAAACUGAGCUGCAGAAAAUAGCUUACUUGGUGGACAUCUUUGUCAUCUUGAAAGACUUAAAUUUAUCACUGCAAGGACCAAAUGCAAUGUGCCUUGAUUUGUCCAAAAAAAUUAGAUCAUUCCAAAUAAAACUUCAGCUUUGGAAAAAUAAAUUGGAUAAAAAUGAAAUUUACAUGUUUCCUACAUUAUCUGCCUUCUUUGAGGAACAUGACAUUGAGCCAGACAAAAAAAUUGUGAUGAUAACUUCUGUGAAAGAACAUUUGUACAUGCUUGCAGAUGAAAUUUCAUCAUACUUUCCUAAUCUACUUGACAACCCAUUUGCAUUUGCCAGAAGUCCAUUCACAGUGAAAGUUGAAGAUGUUGCUUGGAGACUGGCAGAAGCUCUUCCAGGGCCCCUCCUCCAAGAGGCUAUCAGAAAUGGCCAGUUGGAUGUCCUUGCCCACCAAGGGAGGGAACUGAGGAUCUCUCCACAGUUCCAGGAUUUCUGGCCAAUGCACCAACCUUGUAAUACAAAGGCAAGCACGAAUGUCCCCCUCACUUAA